CUAGUUCUGAAAAGAUUAAGUAGUAAAAAUUUAUAAAAUUUAUCAUUUAAGACUUGAAGGCAGAAAAGUUACAAUAAUGUAACUUUUGAAAUCCCGGCACUUGUUCUCUUGCAUUGAAUGAUGAACGGAACUGAAUUAAUUCCACUGCGUCUUGAACUUGAAAAAAGCGAAAAUAAAACCAAACAAAUAUAAGGGAGAAAAAAAUCUUCUUAAAUAUUAAGCUGAAUAAACUCAAUUCUAGGUGAACGAAAUUUUACAUAAAAUUAAAAUGUCUGAAAAUUCUAUAUCUUGUGAUGGUAAUUUGAAUACUGAUGAAGAUUGUGAAGAAUCAAAAAGUAAAAAACAGAAGGUAUCUGAUGAGCCAGAACUUGAAGAUCGUUUGCAAGAGAUUUUAUGUUGCGCUGUUUGCUUAGAUCUCCCUAAAUCUGCUGUGUAUCAGGCAUUCUUUAUGCUGCUAUUAUAGAAUAGGAUGUCCCUGGUCAGGUCCCUAUAAGAAGAAAGCUGACCAUGAGAAACGUUGUGCUCAACCUCAAAAAACUGGCGCAGAAAUAAAAGAAGCAAUUCCAGAUGUUUUUCUACCUGUUAAAUCUGGCGGAAGAAAUCAUUUGUGUGAUUAUCUUUCCUUUGAGAAAAUUGCAUGCAAUGAUUUGCAGCUAUUGGGUCCUUAUCACACUGAUGAAUACUGCAUUCGAUUUGAAACCUUUAGGUUUUGUGCAUUUGGUAUGGAGUGGGAAAUACGAGCUCAUGUCAAUGAUAAUGAAGCUGAUCCGACUUUAUCUUGUGAAAGAACGCUGAGUUAUCAAUUACUCUUAAAAGAAUCUGUUGAUAGGCCAAUACAUAUGCAUUAUACUGUCGUGAAGGGUCCUCUAGGUGAAAUGAAAUUGCGACCUCACAUUGAAGAGUUCAAAUUUAGUGAUGAAACUCCAGAGUCUCAUUAUGCAUUAUUACCUUUAGAAGAUUCUAUUGAAUGCUAUAGAUUACUGUCUGGUACCAUAAGAUUUAGACUCAUUAUGUUUUGGGAUGAUUCAUCAUUAACUAAUUGAUAGUUUAUUACUAUAUGUAUCUCUGUAAAUAUGUACAUCAUCAUAAAUAAAAGUUGUUGAAUUGUU